AUGCUGGGGCAACACGCUUUUGUCAGUGCAACCGUCAAGGUGGAGGCAAUGUAUGAGUCGGAUGGUCGCCAACAUGCGACAGAAGCUUGUGACGAUGGCAACAACUGGGAUCAGGAUGGUUGCUCAUCCACUUGUCAACCGGAACCGGGCUUUGAAUGCUGCAAUGGCACGCAGUCACUACCGUCUGACUGCAAGCCCAUUUGUGGCGAUGGCUUUGAGGUCUACGGUGAGACUUGCGAUGAUGGCAACCUUGUUCCUUGGGAUGGGUGCAACCAAUUUUGCCAGGUGGAAGAAGGCUACCACUGCACCAAGGCUCCUUCUCCAGGAAGUGCAGGCUUGACACCAGAAAGACCAAACCCGCAUUCAUUUCUUGCUGAGCCAUAG